AUGGUGGCGGCCGUGGAGCGGCAGAAGUUCGUUUUCGUUUUGAACAGAGACGCAAAAGCGGCUGUCACCAUUUCUUCGCCCCUCGAGGCCCACAAAAGCCACAUCGCCUGCCUCGACCUUUGCGGCCUCGACGUGGGCUUCGAAAACCCCCUCUUCGCCACCCUCGAACAGCCCUACCCCCAGCCCCACAAGGGCGGGCUGCGCAAGAGUCCCCGCGUGUUAUGUUUUUGGGAAAUGGACUUGGGCCUAAACCACGUGGUGAAGAAGGCGAGCCAAGAAGUGCCCGAGAGCGCCCACUUGCUGGUGCCAGUGCCCGGGGGGGCCCCCCAAGAGGGCCCCGGGGGGGUCCUGGUUUGCUGCAGCAGCAGCGUGGAGUACCGGAAGCUGGACCACGCAGCAGUUUGCUGCAGCAUGCCGCGGCGGCUGGAAGUCGGGGGGGAGCAGGAAGUGCUGAUUUGCUGCUACGCAGCGCACCGAAUGAAGGGCUUUUUCUUCAUUUUGCUGCAGUCGGAGUUGGGGGAUUUAUUCAAAAUAGAAAUAACUCACUCCGAGGGAAUAGUCCAAGACCUCAGCUGCAGGUACUUCGACUCGCUGCCUGCUGCAGCAAACGCGCUCUGCGUGCUGCGCUCCGGCUAUCUUUUUGCUGCUGCGGAGUUCGGGCCCCACAGCCUUUACCAGUUCACGGGCAUUGGCACUGCAGCAGCAGACCCGCGCUGCAGCGCGAGUCACCCCUUAGGCGCAGCAGCAGUGAUAGCCUUCAAGCCGCGGCCUCUGCGGAAUUUGCUGCUGUCAGAUUUGCUGCCUUCUGCCUCUCCUGUUCUGGACUUGCAAGUCUUGGAUGCACAGGGUACUGGGGGGGCCCCCCAGUUGUACCUGCUGUGCGGCAGGGGGCCCCUCUCGGCGCUGAGGGUACUGCAGCGGGGCCUCGGGGUGGAGGAGUUGGCGGACAAUGAGCUUCCGGGCUUUCCGAGGGGCCUCUGGACCCUCCGGGAGAGUCCGGAGGGCCUUUUCCACAAGUUCAUUUUGGUUUCUUUCGAGGGAAACACUCUCGUUCUCCAAGUCGGAGACACAGUUGAAGAAGUUUCCAACACUCCUUUUGCUGCUGCAGCAACAACGCUUCUUGCUGCUCUCUUCGCGGACGGUUCUUACGUCCAAGUGCUCGAAAACGAGGUCCGCCACAUCCGGGGGGCCCCCGGGGGGCCCCCGGGGGGCCCCGGGGGCCCCGGGGGCCCCGGGGGGCCCCCCGGGGGCCCCGGGGGGGCCCCCGUGGCCGUGUGGAGGCCCCCCGGGGACCGCAGGAUCCGCGCUGCUGCAGCAAACCAGCAGCAGCUGCUGCUGGCGCUCUCGGGGGGAGAUGUGCUGCUGCUGGAGCUGGACGAGCUGGGGGCCCUCGAGGAAGCAGCAAGGAAGCAGCUGCACGUGGAAGUGUCUUGUUUGGCUUUGCUGGAGGCCCCCGAGGGCCGCAGCAGGGCCCCCUUUUUGGCCGUGGGGGCCCUCGAUAAUGUGGUUAGGGUUUUGAGUGCAGAAAAGGAGAAGCAGCUGAAGCAACUUUCCGUUUUGCUGCUGCCAGCAAACGCCACUCCAGAGUCCGUUUGCCUCGCUGCAGCACAGCCCAGACCCAGCGCCGAAAGCAGCGUCUACUUAUACGUGGGGCUGAGCUCUGGGGUGAUGCUGCGUUCGUCAGUGGACCUGACCACUGGUUCGCUGGGUGACCAGCGGUGUCGCUUUUUGGGGGCGAAGGCGCCGCGGUUUGCCCGCGUGUCAGUGCGCAGCAAACCCGCAGUAGCAGCACUUAGUGAAAAAACUUGGUUGAAGUUUUCUCAUCAGGGAAAACUCCUUGCUGCUCCUCUCCACUACGACCCCCUCGACGCCAUCGCCUCCUUCUCCUCCGAGCAGUGCCUGGACGGCUUCGUGGCGAUAUCGGGGAACUCUUUGCGGAUUUUUCGAGUCCCGCGUUUGGGAGAUGUUUUUUGUUCUUCUUCUUUGCCUCUUUCCUUCACCCCCAGGGCCAUGGCCGUGCUGCCCCACGUCUCCGAGUUCGGAGGGACUCUGGUGCCUGCUGAGGGCUCUUCUCAGAAAGUUCCCGCGCUGGCCAUUUGCGAGGCGGACCACAACGCCUACGACGAGGCCACCAAGUUCGAAAUCCAAAGGGCCUUGCGAGGCAUUAAACUCAGCCACGAGGAAGAAAAUGAAGAAGUAAAUGGCUUUGAAGAGGAAAGUGCUUUGGGGGCCUUUAAGGCUGGCAGCGGCAAGUGGGGCAGCUGCCUCAGAGUUGUCAACCCGCUUCUGAGCACCACUAUUGAAAAGGUCACUUUCGAAACAGAUGAAGCAGCUAUUAGCUGCUGCUGCUGCGAAUUUGAGGGACUGCCGCUGCUCAUAGUGGGCACAGUCACCGCCAUGUCCUUCAGGCCCAAAAAGAUAGCAGCAGCAUCAAUUAAGGUGUACGCGUACGACUCGAACUUCCGGCUCACCUUUUUGCACUCGACCCCCGUUGAAGAGCCCCCCCAGUGCUUCUCCCCCUUCAGGGGAAUGCUGCUGGCGGGUGUGGGCAAUCGGCUGCGGCUGUACGCCUUGGGCAAAAAGCGGCUUUUGAAGAAAUGCGAAUACAAGAACCUGCCCUCGGGGAUUGUGUUUUUGAAAGUUUGUGGAGAUCGAAUCUUCGCGGGAGAUAUGAGCGAAAGCAUUCAUGUAAUUAAAUACAAAGCAAAUGCGAAUUUAUUUUAUGUGCUUUGCGACGACACUGGGCCCAGAGGCGAGGUUUUGGACUACCACUCGAUUGUGGCAGCAGAUAAGUUCGACUCCAUAUUUAUAGAGAGAGUGCCUAGUGAGGCGCGGCAGGACGAGGGCGGCGACUCGACGGGACUGAAGCUGCGGGGAGACACAGCCUAUAUGACCGACAGCUGCCACAAGCUGGACACAGUGCUGCAGUUCCACGUGGGGGAAACAGUGACUGGGCUGCGGCGGGCCACUCUGAGCACUGGGGCCUCCGAGGCAAUUGUUUACGCCACCAUAAUGGGCACUAUAGGGGCCCUUGUGCCCUUCCUCACCAAAGAAGAGCUGGACUUCUUCCACCACUUGGAAAUGGUCAUGCGAAACGAAGCCCCGCCUUUGGCGGGUCGCGACCAUUUGAUGUUUAGGUCUUAUUACCAUCCGUUGAAAAACGUGGUGGACGGGGACCUGUGCGAACAGUACGGGUCUUUGCCGCCCGCAGUGCAGACGCGAAUAGCCGAAGACUUCGAGAAGACUCCUGCGGAGAUUCUCAAGAGGCUGGAGGACAUCCGCAACAGAGUCUUGUGA